AACUUUCCCCGCCCCGAGUGGCCGAAGCCGACCUCAUGCCGGCUGUAUCCAACCAAGACGUUAAUCGUACAGCUUCACUCGGACAUCCAAUACCCAACGUUCUAUAUCUGCAAGCGUCCGUCGCAUCUUUGCAACCAUGUCUGAUAUCAAAGCGGAACUGUUCAUCAAUGGCAAGUACCGGAAGUCGAGCAGUGGCGAGACGUUGUCCAUCUACAAUCCCAACGACGAUUCUCUGGUCACCGAUCAAGUCCAUGUAGCCAGCGAGAAAGAUGUCAACGAUGCAGUCGCUGCCGCAAAGGCCGCUUUCCCCAAGUGGAGUCGGAUGGCGGGACAUAGGCGCGCGGCCAUUAUGCUGAAGUUCGCCGAUCUACUGGAGAAGAACAUCGACAAACUCGCAAAGCUGGAGUCCGUUGCAAUGGGACAGCCGAUUAGUAUGGCGAAGGGGAUGAUUAGGGGUCCAGCAGCUCUAUGGCGCUUCUACGCUGGAUUCGCCGGCAAGAUAGCUGGACAGUCAUUUCCCCCGGACGAAGAUGGCACAUACAAGAUUGUGAAGUACGAGCCGCUCGGCGUCUGUGGUGGCAUUUGCGCGUGGAAUGGCACCCAUGUCCUGGCAGCUUGGAAAAUGGCCCCCGCAAUGGCCGCCGGGAACACCUUCGUGCUCAAGACCUCUGAAAAAUCACCCCUCAGUGCAGCUGCCUACGGAGAUCUCCUAAAUGAGGCUGGCUUCCCCCCUGGAGUCAUCAACAUCCUUACCGGGGCCGGACCAACUGGAGCUGUUUUAGCUAGCCACAUGGACGUCGAAAAAAUCGCAUUCACUGGCUCUGCCCAAGCCGGUAGGAAGGUGAUGGAGGCAGCAGCCAAGUCCAAUCUCAAGCAUGUUUCGUUGGAACUCGGUGGGAAAUCGCCUGCUCUGAUCUUUGACGAUGCCCAUCUCGAAAAUGCGGUCAAGCAUACGUCCAUCUCGUUUCUGAUGAACAGCGGCCAGAUCUGUUUCGCGAGUACACGGGUUUUGGUGCAAGAAGGAAUCGCCCCGAAGUACAUUGAAGCUGUGAAGAAGUCGUUCCAAAAUGCGGAGAAGAUGAUGGGUGAUCCGUCGCUCAAAGAGACCGCAUUUGGCCCCCUGGCCGACCAGAAGCAAUUUGAACGGGUGAUGGGCUUUCUCCGAGACGCCCAGCAAGAAGGAGUUCAAGUCUUGGUCGGUGGCGAGCGCAAGGGCGACAAGGGUGCCUUCGUGCAGCCUACUGUCUUCCUGAACCCUGACCUCAAAUCCAAAGUGUAUACCGAGGAGAUCUUUGGUCCGGUUAUUAGCGUGACAACUUUCAAGGAUGAGGCGGAAGCGAUCAAGUUGGCAAACGACACAACAUAUGGUUUGGGCUCGACCAUCUACACAUCCGACAUCGCCCGAGCGUUGAGAGUCGCAGACGAAAUCGAAGCUGGCACGGUAGGCAUCAACUCCGCCUUCAAUACGUCCCCUCAAACGCCGUUUGGAGGGUAUAAACACUCUGGGCUGGGUCGGGAAAGCGGUUAUGCCGGGCUGCACGCAUACCUACAGCCGAAGACGAUUCACAUCAACAUGAAGACACCUUUGCCUGCUAAGUUGUGAGCUGUGGUUACUAGGUAGGAUCGCAUUGGACAGGGUGCGCGGCGUGUCUGUGUGGGAAGCCAGAUACGUCAUGUGUCUCUCCCAUCAUGAAGUGUAUAGUUAAUCGAAUGCAUCAUUCCCAUAUCUGAAGCUGUCUCGUUCAACCCGCGUUCCUCUACAUCCUUCGCCUGCGUUUCCUCAGUCGGUACAAGGUGGCACCGUGUCUGGAUCAGACGUAGUUGGAAACUCUGAGAAUGGGGAUGUCAGGAUAAUCCUUGUCGGCAGAAAGCACAGGACUCCGGUCACUCACUCGAUAAGAUUCUCGUCUGGGUCGCGGCAGUACACACUGCGCAAUUUACCUGCCGCUCCGGUGCGAUCGACUACUUUUCCACCUUCCAGUAUCU